AUUUUCAUUCAUCUCGGUAGUCUCGGGGGCAGGUGAGGUUGUGGACAACGGUGAAUCCUUCAGUGUUUCGUAGCUACACGCUGAAUGCUGACGGAUCUACGCUACAACGCUUACGGCGUGAGGAACUGUCUCGGAUCUCCCCUGUUUUCUUUUACAGAAAGCAACUCUGCAAGUUGAUGAGACUAGUGAACACAUAAAGAUAUUUUAGUUCACUUGUCGAGGAAUUCUUAAGACCAGAGGUGUUUGAGAUGGAUUAGAUCUUCCAGAGCAAAGCUGGAGCACCACAGGAGAUCGAAAAAACGGAGACGGGGUCGAAAGGACUCGUUGAGUUCACACAGCCAACGAGAAAAAGGUUUGUCUCGCCCCGCCUCCAGAAUGAUGUCACCAAAAGACAAACCUAAGAAGAAGCCGCCCAAAGACAGCAUGACACUGCUGCCUUGCUUCUACUUUGUGGAGCUGCCCAUCGUGGCGUCCUCCAUGAUCUCGCUGUACUUCCUGGAGCUGACGGACGUCCUCCAGCCUGCCAAGGUGGGCUUCCGCUGCCACGACCGUUCGCUCAGCAUGCCGUACAUCGAGACAGGUGACGAGCUCAUCCCUCUGCUCAUGCUGCUCAGCCUGGCCUUCGCCGGACCAGCUGCCUCCAUUAUGAUCGGUGAGGUUCUGAUGUACUGCAUGCAGUCUCACACAAAGAAGGGUCGGACAUGCGAGGGCAGCAUCAACGCUGGGGGCUGCAACUUUAACUCCUUCUUGCGCAGGACCGUGCGCUUUGUCGGUGUGCAUGUGUUUGGGCUCUGUGCCACAGCCGUUGUGACAGAUGUCAUUCAGAUCGCUACCGGCUACCACACACCCUUCUUCCUGACCGUGUGCAAGCCCAAUUACACCUCACCAGGAAUCGCUUGUGACAAGAAUCCCUACAUCACCCAAGACAUCUGCUCAGGAAGAGACCAGUACGCCAUCUUAUCUGCAAGGAAGACGUUUCCAUCUCAACAUGCCACCCUCUCCGGCUUUGCAGCUGUCUACAUAUCGAUGUACUUCAACUCCAGCAUCUCCGACAGCACCAAGCUGCUGAAGCCCAUGCUGGUGUUUGCCUUCGCCAUCGCCGGAGCCCUGGCCAGCCUGACCCAGAUCACACAGUACCGCAGCCAUCCCAUUGACGUGUACGUCGGCUUCGUCAUUGGAGCUGGCAUUGCUGUCUAUCUGGCGCUCUACGCUGUGUCCAACUUCAAGUCCAACGAAGACGACCUUCCCCCGAGAGCCCUCAAACACCCGCAGCAGGCCCAGAAAGACGCCCUGCGCGCCCUCACCCAGCGGGGCCACGACUCCGUCUACCAGAAGGCCCACGCCUCCUCCGAGAGCAACGACGAGCUGGCCGGCCCGCCGCACGUGGCCGGGCUGAACCGCAAGGUGCGCCGGGAGAAGGCCUCCAUGGGCAGCCUGAAGAGGGCCAGCGCCGACGUGGAGCUCCUGGCGCCCCGCAGCCCUAUGGGAAAGGAGACCAUGGUGACGUUCAGCAACACGCUGCCGCGCGCCUUCACCAACACGGCCGAGGAGCUGCUGAGCAACGGCGGCGGUGGUAACGGCAGCUGUGGCGGCGGCGGAACCGCCCAGCGUCACAUGACCUUCCACGUGCCCAUGGACCCGCAGCGCUCCAGGCAGCUGGUGUCGGAGUGGCGGCAGAAGUCGGUGGAGAUGAAGAGCCUGAGCCCCAGGGAAGAGGAGCAGGACGGGCGGCAGGAGGCGGAGAGGAGGCUGAGACCAACGCAGGAGGAGGAGCAGCGCCAGGAGCACCAGGAGGAGCAGGAGGAGCAGGGUAAAGAGGACCUAGGGGUGCCCCAACACUCGACGCUCUACCCGACUGUGCAGGCGGCAAACCGGGGUGGCGGUGCCCCCCAGCCGGGGCCUGGUGGGGCGCGCGUGGUGCUGCCUCCCAAGGUGCCCGGAGCCCCUCCGCUGGUGCACAUCCCCGAGGAGGCCACGCGGCCCCCGCCCGUCUCGCCCAAGAGUGCCACCACCCGCGCCAAGUGGCUGUCCAUGACCGAGAAGGGAGCCGUGCCAGCAGCCACACCGGAGCCUCCGCGUCUGCCCACCCAGCCACGCGUGGCCCAGGUGAUGGCCCUGACCAAGCAGCACGGCACCCUUGGCAGCGUCUCCAAGUCCUCGGAUGCUGGAAUAGGAGGAGGAGUAGGAGGAGGAGGUGGAGGAGGUGGUGGUGGGGGUUCAUCCUGUGCCACCUCCUCCACGGGAUCCGAGUCUCCCUACUACCGCAUCCCCUCUGACCGGGACAGCGGCAGCAUGGUGACCAUCGACGCCCACGCCCCGCACCACCCCGUGGUCCGCCUGUCCUCGGGCAACGGCAACCCCUGGGACUGGAUGAGCACGGCCAACGGCAGCAGCGGAGGAGGAGGAGGGGGCGUAGGGGGCGUAGGCGGCGCCACCGAGACGCACGAGCUGAGCAUCAUCGACGGCACAAAGUCCCUCCACCGCCAAGACAGCAUCAGCAUACGCGACUACCGGCCCAUCAAGGCCGACUCGGUGGGCUCCUCGGCCAGCGAUUCCAGCCGGGAGCUGCCGCUGCCCCCUCCGCCGCACCCGGACCUGGUGCUGGACAGCAGCCACUCCCACUCCCGCACGCACAGCCUGAGCCGCCUCUCGCCGCUCCACCGCAAGCCCUCCAUCUCCACCAGGGACUGGGACCCUCAGCUGCAGCCCCCUCAGAUGGAGCCCGACCACUUCUUUAGGAACUUCCAGACCGACAGUCUGACGCGCCGGUAUAAAGACUGAUCGAUCCAUCCAUCGUUUACUGGGUGGCGACCACUUCUUUAAGAACUUCCAGACCGACAGUCUGACGCGGCGGUAUAAAGACUGAUCGAUCGAUCGAUCGAUCGUUUACCGGGCGGCGCUACGGACACACGCUGGCCACAGGGAUUACUUUUGUUAUGUAGGACUUGUUGUUAGUUUUUAGCCGGUUAAUGAUGACGACGAUGAUAUUUUUUUUCAAAACCUCAGGAGAGAGAAGCUCAGACCAACUUGGCUGUCUCCUGAACUGAGCAUCUGGACGGAUUUCUCUGCAAGCACAACAGGCAUUAAUGUGAGCCACUAAGUAAUCGGUGCUGUCUGUAUGCAAUCUGUGUAAACAUUUGAUUGAGAAAAACACUGGAAUCCCAAAAAGAUUAUCACGGACUGCAGAAAUUGCCCUCAAAAAGAACAAACAUCUAUUGUACAGAUUUCAGUCGUGCUGCCUUCUGGCAUUGUGUAUACCUCUAAUGGCCAUAUAUGUAAUGCCUCUUUUCCACUGCCGGUUUUCUGGUAGGCCUACA